AUGGCCAACAUAACAGAGGAAGGCUUGCUGUUGACCGGUACAAAUGAUACAUUUAACGGUUGGGUAGAUGCCGAGGUGUUCAACUGGUUUCUCAUCGUUAAUGGGUUCCUUCUCGGCCUGAUCAGCUUGCUCGGUAUUAUCUUCAAUAGUGUUAACGUCAUUGUCUACAGCAAGAUGAGUCAGGGUGACUCGGUCAAUAUCGCUCUGUUGGCGCUGUGUCUUGCUGAGCUGGGCGGCUCCGUUGUCCUGCUGCUCAUGAGCUGCUUCAGCGUCCCCGAGCUGACCUUGAGUUACCUGCCUGUAGAAUACCUGAUCAGUUGGCUUCACAUCCUUUUCUCCCGCGUCUCAAGCUGCCUCACCGCUUUUGUCACGCUCGAGAGAUACUUGUGCGUGGCGAUGCCCUUGAAGGUGAAAGUUUUAAUAACCUCGAGGAGAACGACGGCCAUGGUUUCCAUUAUCUUUGUUGCUAUGACUACCAGUAUAGUCCCGACAUAUUUUGCUAGGAGAAUAGAAUCUGUCAUGAUCUCCGGAACGAAUAGAACCAUGCUAAUAUUCAUCUCCAUGGACGAAAGCAGUAAAAACAUGGAGAACAUGUCUGUCACGGUGAACAACGUAGCUUUGUUGCUGGCUUUCGCUGUAGUUUCCAUCUCUACAAUGCUUCUAGUGGUCACACUAAGAAAAAAAUCAAAAUGGCGCAGUGAGGUCACUUCCUCCUUGCAAAGCGACGUCAUUUCCGCCAGAGAUAAGAAAGUCAUAAAGAUGAUAAUUCUAAUAGCUGUAAUAUUUAUUGUGAAUUACCUCCCCGUUGUCGUUUCUACAGCGGCCAUGUUAAGCGUCCCUGGAUACAACGUGGAGGGAGACUACACCAUCAUUUUCUCAAUAACCUGGGGAAUCACUUUCCUCCUGGAAGGCGCCAACGCAACUGCCAGUAUAUUCGUCUAUUUGAAGAUGAGUUCAAGGUAUAAAUGUGUACUCAUGACAAUGUUGAAAUUCACCUCCAGUGUCUUGACUAGAUUACAGAACAGAACCAUGGUGUAA